UUUAACUCAACCAAGCACAGUUCAGUUCCUCUGAUCACUAUAAAUUAAUGCUCCCUUUCCCUCACCUUCCUUCAAUUCAAUGCUCCCUCUAAUGGAUCCCACUCUCUCUCUCUCUCUCUCUAUCUCUUUUCCUUCUUCAUCCCAUUUCCUUAUUUCUUCAGCCACAUUGCAACCAGAACAACAUAUAAUCCGAGGUAUUAUGAAGAGACUAAAGCUUAAUUAGCAGAUUAUUAUCCUCCCGCUCUUUCCUCCAUUCCAUCUUAAAUUUGUGAUUUGUAUAUAUAUAUAUAUAUAUAUAUACAAAUAUCAUAUAGCUUUCACAUAUAUAAAAAAUUUGUGCACUUUUUUUCUUCCCCUGAAACCCAACAUGUUGAAAGGCGUGAAUCCGGGUUUUUUAGCCGAGCGCCAAUUUUCUAAUAUUGUUUUCACUCCGGCCGAUUACAGUAUCGACGAAGCUAUCUUCUGCGCCGACGAGUUCCGCAUGUACGCCUAUAAGAUCAAGCGGUGCCCGAGAAUGCGCAGCCACGACUGGACGGAAUGCCCCUACGCCCACCGCGGCGAAAAGGCGCAGCGCCGCGACCCCCGCAAAUUCAGCUACUCGGCGGUCGCCUGCCCGGCCUUCCGCAUGCACGGCAAAUGCCACAAGGGGGACGCCUGCGAGUUUGCGCACGGGGUGUUUGAGUAUUGGCUGCACCCGGCGAGGUACCGCACGCGCGCGUGCAAUGCUGGGCGCUAUUGCCAGCGUAAGGUGUGUUUUUUCGCUCACACGCCGGAGCAGCUGCGGUCGGAGACCAAAAACAAGUGUCAUUCCGCGUACAGGCCACGUGGGAAUGGCGGGGAGGAAUCCGCGUCGUCGUCGUCGUCGUCGCCGGUGCCGGAGCUGACAACGAAGAAGAAGAAGAAUGAGCAGAGUAAUUGUUUUGAUGGGGUUUCGGAGUUUUUGAAGAGUUUGAGCGCCUUGAAGAUAAGGGAUGUUGAAGAGGGGGAGAGGAGUUCUAGUAAUUGGGGGUUAUUGGAUUCAGAUUUGCCUCAUAUCGAUUGGAUUUCGGAGUUGGUGCAGUAAAUGCAUGUGAGAGGAGGCCAUGUUUGGAGUAAAUAUGCUUAAUUAAUUAAU